AUGUCGGCUAGGGUCUUUUCCUCUAUUCCCAAGCAGUUUGCAAGAGCCGCUCGUCUUCGUUUUGCAAACUCCCCGCAGAUGAGCCGGAGAAUGUGGAAGCAAGCAGAGACACAAAUGAGCUUUCUCAAACAGAUAAACAAGCCAGUUGUUCCCAAAUCUCGCUCUUUCUCGGAGAUGAUGGAGCGGUUCCGUGUGACCGAGAUGAAACGAAUCCAGCUCGGUUCUCUCUACAUGUUCUCUUAUGUUUCAAAGGAAAUGCUGGAGGUGCUAGAACACUGCCAAGAACUGCUGGAGGAGGAGGAAAGCUCGGAGGAGGACGGUCUGAGUACAGUAACAACCACCCAAGGUACUACCUAGUACAGUCGCAGUUGA